AUGUCCUCGCACCAGAAAGCCUGCGUCCCCUGUGCAGCCGCUAAGCGCCGUUGCGUGCCGCAGACUCCACAAUGCCCACGCUGUGCCCACCGCGGGAUCAAAUGCCACUACAAGAACCAGCCUCUCAGGGGUCUGGAUGUCAGGUCGACCCAGCCAAGGCGGCGCAUGGGACGUGUCCAGUCUGACAGCGAUCGCAGCUCGGAUUCCGACGAGACCGGGCCGGCCUCCAGAGAGAUAGUCUCGGGACCUUGGGCCAUCCUGUCUGUCCGAGAGAACCAUGAGCUACGCCUCGAUCAGGAUGGGACGCACGGUCUAAUACAGAGCUGCCCUAUCAUCGCUACCCCUGAUAACUGGGCAAUGGAUAUCGUGACGCGCAACGUCAAGUCAUGGCAUGAGAACUUCAUGCGCAAGCUCGAGACACCCUUCAUCCACAUGUCCAUCUACGACGCUGCGUCGCUCCCGCUUCCUCUAGAGGAGGCAUUCAGUGUAUGCGCUGCCUACGUCGCGAGGACCGACGCAAACAAGGCCAUCGUGAUGAGCAUUGUCGAGCGACGGGCAACCGCCAUCAUCGAACGAGACCCUUCGACCAUGUCGAUGGAAGCCCAUCUCGCCUCAUUACAAGCCUUUCUACUUCUACACACCAUCCAACUUUGGGACGGAGACGCCGAGCAGCGGACACAAGUCGAAGGACAUGCCUCUGUCAUCGAAAGCUGGGCAAUGCAACUGCACACUCGCCUCGCAGACAUCUCCAGCAAGGAAGACGCGGCUCUGUCCUGGGACCAGUGGGUCUUGCACGAGAGCGUUCGACGGACCGUCCUCAUCACCAUGUUCUCGCAGGGCGUGUACGAGCUGAACAAGUUUGGAGUGUGUUCGUACGUCCCGACCAUGGCCUUUCUCCCUUUCACCACCGAUGACGGGGCUUGGACUGCGAAGGGGCCCCGCGAUUGGGCGGAGAAGGGCGAGCAGCGCCAUGGGGCCAUGGACACCUACCUGAGCUACAGCUAUUUUUGGAAGAAUACGACUCAAGGAUCCCCGAGUGCGUUUGGCAGACUGUUGCUUACCCCUUGUCUGGGCUCUGCGUAUAAGGAGCUGCUGUCGACGCCCCAAGGAGAAAAGGAUUAG